AUGGUUUCUGUUGAGGUAAGUCAGUUUCUCAGUUAACUUUUGAACUGGUACUUUCUCUGUGAGUAAGGAAUCAGACCUGCCGAAGGUCAGACUGUGCCUUCACCAGGUUGCUAAGAUGAGGAUGUAUUGCUAGAAAGAACAAAAUGAAUUUCCUUGUCAAUGGUCACCGUCUGUCCCUACGUGUCUCUCAGAUUAAGUUCGAAACUCUCACAUUUCUGUACCCCACGCAACCUAAAGUCGACAUUCUAGCAGCGUGGUUAGUUGUAUACUGGACUCCUGACCGCUCAGUCCUUUUUACACGACUGUAAUUGCUGGGCUGUGUACGUUGAAGAUGAGUGAAAACUGGAUGUGUUUGGCCUUCGCUGCCUGAGGGCCAUCCUUCGAGUGAAGCACACUGACGUGUUUUCAGAGGAGACAGCCCACACGCUGCAACAACAUCGCCAGGAAACUACAGACCACACAGAAAUUACGGCUGAGAUGGUUUGGACACGUCCUUCGUCGGUCGUCUCAUGAGGACUUUGCCCCGAUCAACUGGAAGUCUGCCUCGACACAGGUCGCCAAGGCAUGGCGGUUGAUCUUGAACCUCCUUUGUUUGGUCUCCGUCGCUGGAGGAAAGAGUGGGCCGAGUUAUCCGGAUCAACUGCGGCAAACCGUCGUGCGUGGCGCGGUGCAAUUUGCGACAGCACCGAGGCCGUCUAGAUCAUGCAUGAUCACAGCUGUACCAAGCUUGGACCGAACAGUUGGCGACCACAGAUAGGAGUGUGCGUGUGUAUAUGUUGGAAUUAACCAAAAUAUCUAUUCCGACGCCUCUGGUGUUUCCUUGUGGUUAGAAGCAUUGGUUUUUGGACAUUUUCAGUCCUAGACAGACAGACAGACGGUCAUCCAAUAGCGGAGAAGUCCUAGGGCAUCAGUUCACUUCUGGAUGCCUAAUGAUACUGCAGCUCUCCUGGCUCGGUGGGGGAUCACGUUAUAUCAGAUGUUUUCCUCACUGCUGACGGACCCCGUUGCUGGGUGGCGCGCAUACAGCCACGGGCGCACCGGCAGUAGUCAGACAACCGCAGUCAUCAGUGCUUCGUUAGCCAGUGAAUACGUCCUCCCCGAACUUACAUCCCAGAUGACACGCCAUUGCGGUUGUUUUCUGUGGAGCUGAAGAAGACAAUCAUCCCAAUAGUUUAUUCUCCACAGACUGAGUUAGCCGGGUGAUGCAUCGAGGUCAGGAAGCGUGUACGCAUGUUAAUCCACAGACACUUUUGACCGGAGUGCUAGUUCGGGUCUGUUUGGGAGGCGUGCGUCCACCUGCUUGGGAUGCAUGAGAUGCUGUGAUUGGCUGACUUGAACUGCUCCCAUUUUGGAUGCGUGCGCGCCAUGCGAUGAUCAAACCCGUAAGAUGACAGGAAGUUACUCGCCAGGCGCGUUGUGCAAUGAUUGGAUUAGAUUGAUCUGAAUCGCCAAACGUCGUCCUGUCAUUUGUCGUCUGGCGCCGUGCGCGGCGUACACAUUCUAGCACAACACCCUGUCUGCCCAGCCCACUUUGACGGUGAGCUUAUUUUAUGCCUAAAACAGAGCUGAAUUUACCACUGACCCAUGCAAACGUUUUGUUGUGGCGUCUGCUGUGGGGCAAUCUGGAAAGACGUUUAAUUCAUAGACUUUUCUUCGCACUCUUGUAGACGCAAAUUAGAGACGAGUUUUGACAGAUGGCUAGGUCAGCACCAUGCAACCAUCACGUGAAAUAUCAGGGCACACUACAUAUUCGUUGUCGCACCGCUCCACUAUACGCGUGAUUUGCUGGCUAACAGUCCCCGAAAGACGAUUCAUCUGUUGUGUCUGGCUAUCGAUCACCAGUUUGCAACAGGCACAUGGCAGUUUUUAGAACGUCCAGAACAUUGAACCUCUUAACUGACUAAUCUAGUUAUCACCUGCUAUGUGCGUUUGCGUCGCAAAUUUUAUGUGGUUUUUAGCGAGGAAAUCUAACCACAUGCAUCUUCAGCAAGGUCCUAAUGACGGAUAUCUUUUUCCAGUAUGUCUUCUGCGCAAAUUGCACCUUAACAAGGGAAUACCGACUUUGUUUGUUCUUUCCACUUUGACGAGAAACCUGUUUUGCGAGUGUUAAUUGAUUACGUGGUGUUAAAACCAUGCCUAUGGUAACAGUAGAGCAUCUUCGCAUGAGUAUUUUUCCAGUCUCUGCUACUAAUACCCAUUGCUGCUUAACGCUUGAGAUCGUUUCUCCCAAGAAUGCUCCGAACUCCUACCAAUAUCAUCAAUUCUUUCCCUGGUGUAUUUGUGUCAGUCCAUGAAACCCCUGUUAGAUUAAGAUCAGUGUGUUGUCUCCCCUCUCUCCAGGAAGAGGUUCUACGACAGCCAGUUUUGGGUCGUUUGAUCAUCCGUGACCUGUCUCUCGAGGACCGAUGGAGUUGUGUGCAGGUCUUCCCCAGUUGGAAGGACUUGAUGCCGACGCCACUGAUGUUGACGGCACGAUCUCAGACCAACAUACUCCGACUUAUGACCCAACUGGGAAACGCAGAGGGCGAGUCGAGUGCCUGUGUGUGGGACAAUGAGGCCUUCAUCCUGCUUUGCAGCAUUACGCAGUCCCCACAGUGUCGUUGGGUAAACCUAGUGACUUUGGAUCUCAGCAAGCAGGUGAUGCCCCUCAAAGAUCUGCUCCGACUCUUCCGCAUCCCAUCCUCCGAUGGCAGAGUCUCACCCUUCUUCUGCCUCCGUCAACUCUCCGCCGCCUUCACACAAGUCAAUUUCCCCACAGAAGGCGGUGGGUUGAAGGAAGUGGACGACACCGAGGUCCUGCCGCCUCCAGUUCUUGAUUCGGCGGAGAUAUGCGUUGUGCCCAAUGUGCAGAUGAACUGCGGUUACUUGGGCGAGUUCAUGCACUUGGUUAGCCACGUCAGUCGUCUAACUCUGCGUGAUCGGGACAGCUACGUGGUGCACACCAACGACUCCUGGUACACCUGGUACUGCCGACAGAAAUUCCCCACUGUCUAUCCUAAUCUUACCGACCUCAAGGUGACUGUUUUUUCGGAAUUUCUGUCAGUACUGACCCGAGCAAGUCCUGGAGGCCUGAUCUCCUGGUUCCCCCGCCUCAAGACACUCAAUUUGCACGCACAUGGGAAUUACAUUUCUCGGAGAGAUCUGGAGAAGCAUAAGGAGACCUUAAAGGGCAUUGAAGUGGUUGUGGACAAGAAUGUGGUGAGUCGGAAUUUUCCAAAUUCUAGUACCAUCUUUUCCCGGAGUUAG